AUGCAAGAGCGGAUACAACAAUUCAAUGAAAUUAAAGCGGAACUCUUUGAAAGAUUCAAAGACGAGCUUUGGCGGCUCGCAAAUGCAGAUGAAUCUUUCUAUGGAUGCGGCAUUGCAGGCGGUCUUACUUAUGCUAUUAAAGGAUCAGAAGGAGUCGAUAUACACAUUCACCACAACCAAAAGAAGGGUGUUACAAUCAUUGCAACCAUCACAGCUGAUGGAAGAAAACUUCCUUUGACAAUUGUGUGCAAAGGAUUGACAGACAGGUGCCAUCAACAAGUGAGCGACGACCGGAUCAUCAGCAAUGAAAAGAUCCUUCAUUCCGAAUCAGGAUGGUCUACCCAUGAGGUUUUCAAAUCUUACCUCGAAUGGGUUCGCGACUGGUAUGAUCAAGCGUUUGGCGACAAUGAAAGUUAUAGGAGGAAUAACAAAAUUAUUUUAUUCCUCGACACUUACUCCAGCCACAGGAACAAGGAGACGAAGGACCUGGCAAAAGAACUCAACAUUGAUCUUGUUUACAUUCCAGUUGGUUGUACAGAUCUUUGCCAGCCACUCGACGUGAAGGUUUUUGGCGCUCUCAAAAACAUGGCGACUCGAAUGUGGUGGAUUUCUAUGCCAUCGAUCAAACCUUAG